AGAGCGGCGUGGCUCAUGCACGGUAUCUCCCGCUUUGCUGCGGAGAAGGCUCCGAGGCCACUCGCCAAACCGUCGCCUCACCAGGGGAAUCCCAGCCCGCCACGCAGCUUUUCCGCCUUUUCUGCCGUGAGGCGGCUCCUCCCGCCGCUCGGUCCUCUCCCGACCCGCCCAGGGCCGAAGCCGCUCAUGGCGCCGUGCCGGGUCUCCCUCGGCCUCAGCUUCCUUCUCCUGCUGCCGGCGGCCGUUUUGGGUGAAGAUUGUCAGGCACAUAUUGAUCAUCAUGGCAAGGCACAACCUGCAAAAUCCUGUCCCAAAUUCUGCUGUGGAAAUUGCAUGCUUCAGUACUGUUGCUCUAAUGAGCUGUUAAAAUUUGAUGAAGAACAACUAGUUCAGUGUAAUCUGCUUCAUGGAAGGACAUCUGACCUGAGCAACUUGAAUUACAUGGAGUCAUAUUCAGAUCCUGAUAUUUACAUUUCUCCUGACCCCAGUUUUGGAACCCUUAUUGCGAUUGGAGUUACUGUUUGUGCUGUGAUUGUAAUCACUAUUGUUCUGUGCCUCACGUGUUCGUGUUGCUGUCUGUAUAAAGCAUGUCGGAGACCACGGCCUGUUGUCACCACCACUACUGCCACUACUGUGGUUACAGCUCCCUAUGCCCCGCAGCAGGGAGUGCCACCCAACUACCCUGUAGCCUCAUAUCAAGGAUAUCAGCCUGUGGCCAUCCAGCCACAGCCAGGAAUGCUGGUAGCACCCUACCCUGCUCAGUAUCCUCCCCCAUACCCCACGCAGCCAUCAGGACCCCCAGCUUAUAACGAAACAGUGGCAGCUGGAGCACCUUACCCAAUCAGCCAGCCCCCUUACAACCCUGCUUAUGUGGAUCCUCAGAAUCCUACCUAUUGAAACAAUCUUCUACACUUCUGCACACAAAACUUUUGAAAGUAUGAUUUGUGAUGUUUACACUGUGCAACUGUAGUAUAUUUUUCUGGAAGACAGUAAUCUUUUGUCUAAGUAAAGUGAAAGUUAAUUCAGUAUCUUUUUUUUUUUUAAAAAAAAAAAGCUUCAAGUAUGAGGCAGGAGUAUUUUCUUGCAGAAGUUGUUAAUUUAUACCUCAACCAAAUACAAAGAGUUUUUUCUCUAUACAAUGAGAAAACUAGGAGAAGGAGUACUUCAGAAAUAAGAACCACAAUAACAUUUGCUGUGCAAUAAUUUUGAAAGGAAUGGUGUAAUAUGAGCACUAUUCAACAUCCAAAGCUGUAGCAAUCUUUUGCACAGUAUUAAAACUUAAAAACCCAAUCUGUAAGAAACUACCUGAUAUAUGUUACAAAUGUUCUGCCUGUUUUAAAGCUAUUACUAUUGUUAGGUGAACUACAGUGUAAUACAUUUCAUUUACCAUUUAAAAGGGAAUUUUCAUUUUUUUUUAAACACAUUUGCAUUCAGUAAAUGGUAGUAAACCAUGUUUAAUUGUCUUUGGACUAGUUGUGUUUCUCUGUGCAAGGUAGCAUAAGGUGAUAAUUUCCUUGUUUUCUUUCCCAAAUUUGAGGCUUAAAAUUGUGCCUUUAUUGGGUGUUUUCUCAGGCCAUUUUAAUUUAUAGCUAGAAAUUUACAGCAAAACCAAACCUUUUGCCACUUUGUAGACCAAACAGAUCAAAAGCCAAAAACAUCAGAAUUCAUCAUAAAAAUUAUUGGACGAGUAUUUGUUGUCCAAGUAUUGUCAGACCAGUUUAAUUAAGUCGUAUGUUGUUCGUGAGUUUGGGGGAAAAAUUAGCACCUUAAGAGUAUGUUAAGCAGAAGUACCUGCCAGUGUUCAGUUCUGCCUUGCAAAAGAAGGAAGUUUAUUUUGUAGGAGAGAUGGGAUGUCAGAAAUAGAUUGGGGUUUUUAAAUGCUGUGGGUUUAUCACUGUAUGUCUCUAAUGGGAAGUAUAGAGGGCAGGAACCUAGAGAUGUUUAUAAACUCAGUCUGUGAUGUUUAAAUAAUAUGUGGGGGGGAGCAUGGGGGGUCCAUAAGGAAUCCCAGCCUAACACAGUAGAGAUAAAGCCUCCCUUUUGUUUUCAGCAUUCCCAUAAAGCUGAGCAGUGAAGUCAGGGAAAGGAAGAGUGUGGUAGGAUCUGCUCACAGCAAGGUAAUGUGCUUUGAGGAAGGUAGUGCUUGCAGUCAUGAAAUGUCUUGAGAAAUCCUCAUUUGGAAGGCUUAUGGCUCUAUACACCUUAUACUGAUCAAAUGAAUCGUGUUUUGUUUCGUUUUGUUUUUUUAAUGUCCUCUACAAUUCUCCCUAUUCUAACACUGAAAUAUAAUUUGUUAUUCCUCAGUAGAGCUGACUGGUCUGUUGCACAUAUUGCUGUGACACCGUUGGUGAAAUAAUUUUGGCAUAUCUUACACACUGAUUUUACUUCUUUAGAGAGGCAAGCCAUUUAUUCUGAAAUUCUACAUUUGGGAUGUAUUUCUCUUUGAAAAACAUUGAUGGUAGCAUUGUUUUGCCUGACAUCAUGGAUGGAAACUGCUGCUAUCAAAGGCAGCCUUAUUCUCUUCCUGAUUUUUGAGUCUGCAGCUGGGUUAUUCCAGUUCCUCUUUUUUUUUUUUUUUUUUUUUUUUUUUUUCAAGGAAGUCUUCAGGGCAUUUCAAAAGAAACCUGUAGGAGGCUUUUAGCAUUGAGAUUCAUAGCAACCUACACCCUUCUGUUACAACUCUCUGAGUGUUGAAGUUGAUAGCAUGAAAUGAUGCCAAGAGGCACUUGGAGAGCACACACACACCGUGUCCUGCUUGGUGUUCCUGCUCUUUCCUGCCUUGUGAGCCAAGAGGCUGGGCUUGAUUACACUCUGUGUGAGCAUAAUAAAAAAUGGCCAGUGUUUUCUGUAUAAAGGGUGAAGUCUUUUUUUAAAAUGGGGAAUUUUUGUGUGUGGGAGGGCACUGAGUAGCUGCAAAAAUAAUUGCCUUGCUACAGGUCCAGCCCAUGUGUUUUUAUUCAUGUAGAAGGAGGGCAGAGGCUGUUCCAGCACCUUUGUUAGGAUGGAGCCUGGCCAGUGAGGUGCAGCCACAGUGUGCCAGUGUGGGGCUUCACAAAGUUGUCACCCUGCUCUUCCAUCUGAGGUGACAAAGCAUGCAGUUUGUGGCAGUGUUAGUAGGGUUAUGUUCUGGUUAUGAAAGGGAAAUCUGCAAUUUCAUGAGAAGUUGGCUUGAUCAUCUGCCAUCAUCCUUAGGGAAAAGAUAGAAGGAAAGUGAAGUGGCAGCAUUAACAGAGGUCCCCAAACCUGAAGUUUUGGUGUAGGUGUUGUACAGACCAAAUAAAUUGCCUGGAGCACUACUGCAUGUGGGAGGAGAUGAGUGAUAGGGUUAAGGAACCUGAAAAUUUACACCUUUCCUUCAGUGAACAUAUGGUAAUGAUAACUAUACACAAGUGAAAAGAUUAAUCAUCAGUAUGCAAGGAACUACUUAAAUAAUAACAUUACUUCAAUUACAAAACUCAGCAAAAGAAGAGAAAAUGGUCUGCUUUCCUCAGUUGAUAAUUGGAGCAUUUAAUCAUAUCUUUCCUUAUUGUUAGUGUAUUAAUGAUCAUUAACAAGAAAAGGUUUAGGGACAAAUUGUAUUUAGUUAUUGCAAUGCUACCCUUUGAAACUUUUCGUAUAAUUAAGAGAAUGGGAUGGUUAUAGAAUAGAUGGAGAAGCUCAUCCAUAAACCUUCAGUUCCAGCACUGCUGAUAUGUCAAUCCCAGGAGCUGUUGCCUUCAUCUCAAACUAGUUAUCUGCAGUGCUUUGGUGGAAUGGAAUUAGUUUUAAAUGUUGAAACAGUGUAUGUUCACUUUUUCUUAAAUUCUGUAAGUGCCUUUGUUUCAGAAAUAUUUUGUGAAAUUAAAUACAGUAGAAUAUUCUGUUGUAUUGAAUUUACUAGGUAAUCAUUGUUCAUCUUAUUAUAUACUGUAACCUAGCUUUGUAUGUUGUCUGUAGUUUAAACGUUAAAUAUAGAAAAGAAAUGGCAUAAACUCUAUGCACCUUUGUAAUAAAUACAAUGUUUUAAGUA